AUGGCAGCGUACUACGGGGCCAAGUAUCCGUCGGUGCACUUCGAGGCCAAGGCGGCCGCGUGCGGGGUCAUCAAGGAGGCCCUCCUGCCCGCCCUCAUCAAGGCCGGCUACACGGGACCGGCCGGCAUCGACGUGAUGUACCGCCCGCCUCAUCCGCUCCACUUUGUGGAGCUCAACAUGCGCACCGACGCCAUCACCUACAUGCACGCCACCCCCCUCUACCUCCCUCGCCCCAUCCAUCUCAUCGCAUGGAGCCACCUCUCGACCAAGCACCUGUCGGACCGCAUUGGCAAGGCCCUCUACGAGAAGGAGGCGGGGCAGAUGGCCUUCAUGACGCUGGUCAACCUGCCUCACUCCCUCUCCUUCGACCAAAUCUGGAAUCAGUUCUCGGCCGCCCUCCAACCCUCCGACCAGGGCGUCUUUGUCUUCACCAACCCCAAUCGGCACCGGUGGGGUUCGUACGACGUGGCGGCCAUCAGUCCGCUGGGCCUCCACGUGGCCGAGGUGCUCAUGAAGAAGAGCCUCAAGACCAUCUGGGGAGACGAGACGGCGCGCACAGUGCUCACCAACAUCCAGCGGCACCCGACCCCGCUCCUCGCCCGCCCCAGUGUACUGACCCACCGACCCACCGCGGGCGAGCAGGACCUGCCGGCGUGGGUGUUCCAUGGCCGCAAGGAUCCCGUGGUGCCCUUCGAUGACUCGGUGAAGAUGGUGGAGGCCCUGCGCCAGGCCGGCGCCACCCACGUCAAGUUCACCGAGUACGAGGACACGGCCCACGACGCCUGGACCGGUGCGUGCCUGAGUUGA